UUUUCUGUCUGUUGCAUUUUUUUAAAAUCAGAUAGUUUUCAGGUCUUUUCAGACAAUUCAAGUCUUACUUUGCUUAUUGAUCCUAUAGGAUCAUCCUAGGAACUGAUUUUACCCAACUUGCUAUGUUUUCAGAUGCUGAAAAUGGUCACCCUUAUCCAGUAACAGUUUUGGUUAGUAGUAAGAAAGAGAGAAGAUCCUGAAUACAGAAGGCUAGUUAUUAAUAUUUCUUGUGGAUAGCAGCAGUGAGACUUCCAUUUUGUCUGAAAGUUGUGUUGAUUUGAUACAUUAAUGCAAUAAUCUGUUUAAUCUAUAGAAGAAACAAAACUAUCUACCUCGGAUGUUAAAAGAGUGUUUUCUGUAGCUCUGUGUAGGACAGAACGGAUGGAAUGGGCGAUUUCCUCUUUUGCCUUUAAUAGUGGGUCCAGAGAGAGGGUUGAGUGUGAGGACUUUGAAAAUAGACUUUAGAAAGUCUACAACCACCUGCGACAUUACCAUAAGCUGACUUUUUUUGCUCUAUAUUAGAGCUUGAUUUGCUAAAGCAAGUGCUGCUUUAGUGGCAAGCUACAGCAGAGUCCUUAUGGCUCAGAUACGGUAAGGUGUCUACAUGGAAUUCAGGUUCUGUUUUAGUAAUAGCUGGCUUCUAAGCAGAUACUUAAUUGGGGUGGCAGCACUGUAGUUCUUUAUUUGGAUGAGCUUCUGUUCCAUAAAAGGACAGAGUGUGAGCUAGGAACUGAAGAGAAGAUUUUAAGUCAAUGGGUCCUUCAAGUUGCGUACUUGCAGGUCUGAUGAUUUGCUUAUAUUUCCACGUGCCUGGAUUUUGAUCAGUGAAGAAAUGCUUUGUGAAUAGAGUGUCUCAUCUGUAGGUCACUGGGCACAUAAGCAGGCCAAGCUUGUGCUCAGUUUCUACAUGUUUGUGCAUCAGGCCUGAGACCACGCAUACAAAACACUUGAGCAAAAUUACUGUUGUGUAACUGCUUGCUUUCUUUUAAGUUCUAGGUCCCGUGCCAAAUCCACAAAUGCACUUCGAUCGGAAUAUUGUUUUAAAACUUACAGAGCUUUGUUUUGAAAGCCAGGUUUUUGGUUUAGAUAAGGUGAAUACUGUAAGUCUCAUCACAGUAGGAUUCUGAAUGGGAUGAGUUGGAGGUUGGAGCGAAGUGAAGAUCCUGAGAAUUCUUCUGUUGUUGAAGGUGCUGUAGCAACCUGAAAGGAUUUCAGUGGAACUAAAAAUAAAACUACUAAAUUUGCCCCGGUAUCUGCUGAAGUUUGAACAAAUCUAUCUCUCCAAACCGACGCAUUGGGAAAGGGAUGGCGCGCCGUCACCCAUGAUGCCCAACGAAGCCAGACUGAGAAACCUCACGUAUUCAGCCCCUCUGUACGUGGAUAUAACUAAAACAGUUAUUAAAGAGGGAGAAGACCAGUUACAGACACAGCAUCAGAAAACUUUUAUAGGAAAAAUCCCUAUUAUGUUACGUUCAACAUACUGCUUGUUGAAUGGCUUAACUGACCGUGAUCUUUGUGAACUGAAUGAAUGCCCUCUUGACCCUGGCGGCUACUUUAUCAUUAAUGGAUCAGAAAAGGUUCUGAUUGCUCAGGAGAAAAUGGCUACAAACACAGUGUAUGUGUUUGCAAAGAAGGAUUCAAAAUAUGCUUACACAGGAGAGUGUAGAUCUUGUCUGGAAAAUUCCUCUCGACCAACAAGCACUAUAUGGGUUAGCAUGCUGGCCAGAGGUGGGCAGGGUGCAAAGAAGAGUGCUAUUGGCCAGCGCAUUGUCGCAACUUUGCCAUAUAUCAAACAAGAAGUGCCCAUCAUAAUUGUCUUUCGUGCACUAGGCUUUGUGUCCGACAGGGACAUUUUAGAGCACAUCAUUUAUGAUUUUGAAGAUCCAGAAAUGAUGGAAAUGGUCAAACCUUCUUUGGAUGAAGCAUUUGUCAUCCAGGAACAAAAUGUUGCUCUAAACUUCAUUGGAUCGAGAGGUGCAAAGCCAGGUGUCACCAAAGAGAAAAGAAUCAAGUAUGCUAAAGAAGUCUUGCAGAAAGAAAUGCUCCCACAUGUUGGUGUCAGUGACUUCUGUGAAACCAAAAAGGCCUAUUUUCUAGGGUAUAUGGUUCAUAGAUUGUUGCUGGCAGCACUGGGAAGAAGAGAGCUUGAUGACAGAGAUCAUUAUGGCAACAAAAGACUGGAUCUUGCUGGGCCACUGUUAGCUUUCCUGUUCAGAGGAAUGUUUAAGAAUUUGCUGAAGGAAGUGAGAAUAUAUGCACAAAAGUUUAUUGACAGAGGGAAGGAUUUCAACUUGGAACUGGCAAUUAAAACACGAAUUAUUUCAGAUGGUUUGAAGUAUUCAUUGGCGACUGGAAACUGGGGUGAUCAGAAGAAAGCUCAUCAGGCCAGAGCAGGAGUAUCUCAGGUGUUAAACCGUCUGACUUUUGCAUCUACGCUGUCCCAUCUGAGACGCCUGAAUUCUCCAAUUGGUAGAGAUGGUAAACUAGCAAAGCCCAGACAGUUGCACAAUACGUUGUGGGGAAUGGUUUGUCCUGCUGAGACUCCAGAGGGUCAUGCAGUAGGGCUUGUGAAGAACUUAGCCCUGAUGGCUUACAUUUCUGUGGGGUCUCAGCCAUCCCCAAUUUUGGAAUUCUUGGAAGAGUGGAGUAUGGAAAACCUGGAAGAAAUAUCUCCAGCAGCAAUAGCUGAUGCUACCAAGAUUUUUGUUAAUGGCUGCUGGGUAGGAAUACACAAAGAUCCAGAACAACUUAUGAAUACGCUAAGAAAGCUGCGUCGUCAGAUGGACAUCAUUGUGUCAGAGGUCUCAAUGAUUAGGGAUAUCCGGGAGCGAGAAAUCCGCAUCUAUACAGAUGCAGGCAGAAUUUGUCGACCCCUUUUAAUUGUGGAAAAACAGAAGUUGCUGUUGAAGAAAAGGCAUAUUGACCAACUGAAGGAGCGAGAGUAUAACAAUUACAGUUGGCAAGAUCUUGUGGCCAGUGGUGUAGUGGAGUAUAUCGAUACCCUGGAAGAAGAGACUGUAAUGCUGGCAAUGACUCCGGAUGACUUGCAAGAGAAAGGUGUUGCAUAUUGUUCAACGUACACACACUGUGAGAUUCACCCAUCUAUGAUCCUGGGAGUAUGUGCAUCUAUUAUCCCUUUCCCUGAUCACAACCAGUCUCCUAGGAACACAUACCAAUCUGCUAUGGGUAAACAGGCUAUGGGAGUUUACAUUACAAAUUUCCAUGUUCGUAUGGAUACGCUGGCACAUGUGCUGUAUUAUCCUCAGAAGCCCCUUGUAACAACUCGUUCUAUGGAGUACUUGCGAUUUAGAGAGUUACCGGCAGGUAUCAACUCGAUUGUAGCCAUUGCGUCGUACACAGGCUAUAACCAGGAAGACUCCGUCAUCAUGAACCGUUCUGCUGUGGAUAGAGGCUUUUUCAGAUCUGUGUUCUAUCGCUCAUACAAAGAGCAAGAGUCCAAAAAAGGGUAUGACCAAGAGGAAGUUUUUGAAAAGCCUACCCGUGAAACUUGCCAAGGCAUGAGACAUGCUAUCUAUGACAAACUUGAUGAUGAUGGUUUGAUAGCACCGGGGGUACGUGUGUCCGGGGAUGAUGUCAUUAUUGGCAAAACGGUAACUUUGCCAGAAAAUGAAGAUGAACUGGAAAGCACUAACAGACGUUUCACAAAGAGAGACUGUAGCACUUUUCUGCGAACUAGUGAGACUGGUAUUGUAGAUCAGGUCAUGGUAACCCUUAAUCAAGAAGGAUACAAGUUCUGCAAAAUUAGGGUACGCUCUGUAAGAAUCCCACAAAUUGGAGAUAAAUUUGCCAGCAGACAUGGUCAGAAGGGAACUUGUGGAAUCCAGUACAGGCAAGAGGAUAUGCCCUUCACCUGUGAAGGCAUCACACCUGAUAUAAUCAUCAAUCCCCAUGCCAUCCCUUCCCGCAUGACCAUAGGUCACUUGAUUGAAUGUCUUCAGGGGAAGGUAUCGGCAAACAAGGGAGAAAUUGGUGAUGCUACACCUUUUAAUGAUGCUGUCAAUGUGCAGAAGAUUUCCAAUCUCUUGUCAGAUUAUGGCUAUCAUCUAAGAGGAAAUGAGGUCCUCUACAAUGGAUUUACUGGCCGAAAAAUCACAUCACAGAUUUUCAUUGGUCCUACAUAUUAUCAGCGAUUGAAGCACAUGGUAGAUGACAAAAUCCAUUCUCGUGCAAGAGGGCCAAUCCAGAUCCUUAACAGACAGCCCAUGGAAGGUAGAUCUCGCGAUGGUGGCCUUCGCUUUGGAGAAAUGGAACGAGAUUGCCAGAUUGCUCAUGGAGCAGCCCAGUUCUUGAGAGAGAGAUUGUUUGAAGCUUCAGACCCAUACCAAGUCCAUGUCUGUAACCUCUGUGGAAUCAUGGCAAUUGCAAACACAAGGACUCACACCUAUGAAUGCCGGGGAUGCCGUAAUAAAACUCAGAUCUCUUUGGUUCGAAUGCCCUAUGCCUGCAAGCUCCUCUUCCAAGAACUGAUGUCUAUGAGUAUUGCACCUCGAAUGAUGAGUGUUUAGCCUUUAAAAGGAUUUUUUUAAAUGGUGAGACUGAAGUGCUCAGGUUUUGUUUCAUUUUGUGUAGGUUGUAUUCAAAAUACAAUUUUACACAUCUGCUGUCUACUGCUCAAAAGUAUCGUGUGUUUAUUUCCUGUAAAUAGAAUUAAAAUUUGUAAUCAAA